AUGGCCCACCAAGCACACCCCUACCAUAUAGUUGACCCCAGCCCCUGACCUUUAACAGGUGCAGUUGCUGCCCUAUUAAUAACAUCCGGUCUCGCAACCUGGUUCCACUUCCAGUCCACGACCCUAAUAACCCUUGGAAUAGCCCUCCUCCUUCUCACAAUAUACCAGUGAUGACGAGAUAUCGUGCGGGAAGGUACCUUCCAAGGACACCAUACACCCCCUGUUCAGAAAGGGCUCCGCUACGGUAUAAUUCUUUUCAUUACUUCAGAAGUUUUCUUUUUCCUUGGGUUCUUCUGGGCUUUUUACCACGCAAGUCUUGCCCCCACCCCAGAACUAGGCGGGUGUUGACCACCCACGGGCAUUACUACGCUUGACCCAUUUGAAGUACCCCUACUUAAUACAGCAGUCCUGCUUGCCUCGGGGGUUACAGUCACCUGAGCCCACCAUAGUAUUAUAGAGGGGGCACGAAAACAAGCCAUUCAAUCCCUUGCACUUACCAUUCUCCUCGGGUUUUAUUUCACCUUCCUCCAGGCCAUGGAAUACUAUGAGGCCCCAUUUACAAUCGCAGACGGCGUAUACGGCUCUACCUUCUUUGUAGCCACUGGCUUCCACGGGCUACAUGUUAUUAUUGGCUCUUUAUUCCUGGCCGUUUGCUUACUCCGUCAAAUUCGCUACCAUUUUACAUCAGACCAUCACUUCGGAUUUGAAGCAGCCGCCUGAUACUGACACUUCGUCGAUGUUGUCUGACUAUUCCUAUACAUCUCCAUCUACUGAUGAGGAUCCUA